AUGGAAAGGAAAACAUUUGGGUUUUUGUUCUUGCUCCUUCUUGUCUUAGCUGCCGAUGUGGCAGUGAAGACAGGAGAGGCUAGAGAAUGCGAAUCAGAAAGCCACGGGUUCAAGGGUGUAUGUCUAAGUGACAACAACUGUGCACAUGUAUGCAGGACCGAAGGUUUCUCUGGUGGUGACUGCCAUGGGGUCCGUCGCCGCUGCUAUUGCACUAAGAUUUGUUGA